CUCUUUCUACACUAAGCUUCACAUGUUUUGUUGAGGUUAGAAUGUCAUAGUGUUUGUAAAAUUUGUGCCGCAUUUAGUGAAUACCGCAAAAAUACGUAAAUUUGUAUAACUUCUCAAUGGCGAAACUAGAAGAAAACUAUCUACAGACAGUAAGGGAAAACCUAUAUAAACCACGAAGCAUCCAAAGGGCUGCGAAGGAGCCGACAACAGUGAAGGCUUCAAAACAGGUGAAAAACAACCAUCGGGCUCCGCCAAAAACACAUGCAAAGAAAAACGUGCACCCUGUGAAAGCUCCGGAGCCUUCCAGCUCCGAUGGUUUGGACAAAAUACCUGCAAAUACUUCGAGAAGUUCGCCCACAAGUUGUGUUCAUCAGGGUCAUGUUUCAGAUAGAAAACCCCCAAAAUCGAAACACCGAUCAUAUGCCGAUUGGAAUGUUAGUCCAAUUCCGCCUCAAAAAAGACGCAAAUUAUCACAAAGGAGCCAAGACUGGGAGGUAUCAAAGGUUGAACCAAAUACCAACCCGCAAAGGGUAGUAAAAGCCUCCAAUUCCAUAAGUCCUGCUUCAGAAGAUCUAGCAGAUUUUUAUGACGACGCAACUAUCACUGUGCAGGGUUUAAAAAUAGAGAGAUUUUUUAAUCAGUUUCCGCCGAAGCACAACUAUUCAUUGGGAAGCACGAUCAGCAUUCUUCCGAUUCCAUCGAAGAUUCUUAGGUCUGUCCAAGAAGAUGAAGAUGAUCCUAUGGAUUCACAUCUGGAUAGUCCAGGAAACACUGCAGUUAACGGGGAAAAUGGUAAUGAAUUGGACGAGCUUGUGGAUUCGUCUCAUGGCAGUGAUAUGGAAACAGACAUUGUACUGGAAGAAGAGUCUCAUAUACCGGCACCGCCAAAUAGAACAAUGUUUAUCCUGAAAAACGGCAGCAGAGUCAUAGUUUUGGACGAGCUCAAUGAAAGAGUCUACUUUAACGGCCUAUUUUGCCUAAAAGUGUUGAACGGACAAGUAGAAGUGCUGGGGGCGAAUUUUGAUACAACCUCCUCAGAAGUAAAACUAUACUCGCCCAGAGGAACAUCACUGCUAUAUCUCCGGAACAGUUCCGAACUGUAUGUAGAUAACAAAGCAGUUCUGUGUCUAAAAGACUUGGUUCCUCAUCAUUUAUUGUCUGAGCACCAAAUGAGUCUACGCUUUAAACCGCACUGCGCCAUAAUAUUGUGCCGAGAACUCAACGAGCCAUCUACAGACUUUAUUAAAAGCCACAUCGCUCAGAAAAUAUAUCCAGAUAAUGCUCUCAGUCAACCAAACAUUGACUUCGAUUUGUUAGGGAGCUUCAAUAGAACCGACAUUUCCAUGGAAUGGAAAAAUGCUUUGGAAAGCGUCCACUUAAACAGUAAACUGGUGAUUUGCGGUGGCAAAGGAGUGGGAAAAAGCACCUUUUUAAGAUAUUCAAUUAACACUUUGCUGAAGCAGCAUGGAAAGAUCACCGUUGUGGACUUGGACCCUGGACAAUCCGAGUUCAACCCACCAGGCUUCGUUUCCGUGUCUACCAUAGAAGAUUAUAUUUUGGGUCCCAACUUUACCCACCUACAAACUCCAGACAUCUCAAUUUUAUCGCACAUUAACAUGGGCCAGAACAUUCAGCAUUACUUGAAAACCGUACGAGUACUGAUGCAAUCGGCGGACUUUCCCAGUGGGAAUUUUCCCGUUUUAAUCAACUUCCCAGGUUACACUCAAGACCUGGGUAUGGAGAUUGCAGGAAACCUUUUCCAAGUGAUUACUCCCGACGUUGUCAUCGAACUCAAGAGCACGAAGGCCAACAGGAAUUAUAAAAUGCCCGUCACAGCCGCAAAUAUUAACACCAUUCUCCAGUCAAGCAUUUUAAGGGACGAAAACGUGAACGGGAAUAGUGUAGACUUUCAGCAUAUCCUGCUGGAAAGCCUUUCAGAGAAAAACACCGCUUGGUCAUUGGAGACCAGACAGUCUAGGGAGUUUUCCGUACUGGCCUAUUUUGGAAAAUUGAUGUCUAGUAGUGUGCAGGACUUGACAAGCCCCAAUAUCGAUAUGUUUUGCAUCAACUUGUCCAAGCUAAAAAUAGUAAACCAGGACGGACAGUCUAUUUCCCCAUUGGCGGCAAACGGAAAUGUGGUGGCGCUGUGCUCACUUAGUCUGCAGGAUCCCGAAAUAUUCAUCUCAUAUGGAUAUGGCUUUAUUAGGGGAAUGGACUUGGAGCAAGACACCCUGGUACUGCUAACUCCAGAGCCGUUAGAACGACUGGAGAAAGCUGAUCAUUUGGUACUGAGUUCUGUGACUACGCCGCCCUCUCUAAUAAUGUCAGCAGGCAAUGUAAAAAGCCAAGUUCCUUACCUGAGUAGUGGAGAAUUGAUCGAGUUCGGUCAGCUCACAAAGCGGUCGUACGUACCCCCGAAGAAGUGAUGUUCCUGCUCUAAUACAGGUUUACCUGAAGUUUUCAAAAUAUAUUUCAUUAGAAUGAUCAAUUCAUUUAAAGCGAAUUUAAAAAUUUUAUAUUGUCGAAAUUUAUUUUCUGUCUAUUGGGUCUUAUAUAAGUAUUUAUGAGGCUGAACUUAAUAUACAAGGCGAUUUACAUAGACCAUGCCAACCCAACUUGCAGUUGUAGAAAAUUUUAAAAAAAGUUGUACUUUUCGAGCUCUUUGAAUUUCUUCCGAAAUUCUAUUGUGUAACGGUAAAAAAUGGAAGUUCCUAAAACAGCUGCAAGUUGGAAAACUUCUAAUGCACAGUCUAAAUAUUUUACCUUUGUUUACACCACUAAGAAGCCCGAAAGACUGGUGAGUUUUUUCAAGUUUUUUGGUGGUGCUUGUAGCGGCUGGGCCGAGCAAGAGGAAAAAGUUCUAGAGGUGUGGAAUUCACUCAAUAACUUCGCCUCGCAUGGAAAUAGCACCAUGCAAUAAUACCGUUUAUUGCCAAUAUAAAUACAACAUAAAUAUUACAUAUUUGGUUUUGUUAAGUAAUAAUAAUUGAAAAUUAUUAAAGAAUUCUUCAGUUUUA